GAUCGGCUGCGAUAUCUUUCCGAUUGAAGCUUGUACGGCGAACGCUCGUUGUUUCUGUGUUAGUGGCCUGAGCGGGCGCGCACACGCAUUUCUUCCGUUUACUGCUCAGUGUUACUUUGACACUAGCGCAGACCGAACUUAGAAGUUCCAUUGUCGUCGAAUCGUGAACUGUGAACGAACUCUGUGAUUUAUGUGAUUGUGUUUUGUAUUUAAAUCAUAGACUUCGCUCGAAUAAUUGAACGUGUGCUGUUAUUGACCGUCUAAGUUCGUGAGAGCCGUUUUCAAGAGUAAAAGUGCCACUCAGAGUCGUAGUCAAGUUGCUGUUAUCAGAAAAAUUCCUGUUUGCCGAAUUGCACAGUUAAUCAAAAUGAGAUUACAUCAAAACCUGAGCUGAUCAUUAUUAUUAUUUUAAGAAAUCAAAGACUGCCAAAAUGCGCAUCAUGGAUCUACGGAUAUUCCUCAUAUUAGCAGUCUCUACUUCACUAUGCAGCGUGACAGCGAAUCCAGCGAACUUUCUGACCCAAACUGUGUACGGAUUUUUAGAUUUUACAACGACGAUCGGAAACACUGUUAUGGUAUUUUCGCCUCAAUCAGCGCCACCUCCAGAGCCACCUAAAACUGAAAAAUCGGUCCAAGAAAAUGUUAUUGAAACGAAGCCCCCUCCGAUUAGCAGUAUCAAACCAGAAACCAUAAAACCAAGCAAGAUCACAGACAAGGACAAAACCAACAAAGCACCACCUCCAGCCAUAGCCUCCAGUGCAGUCUCUGUAAUAAGUUCAUCUCCUAAAUCAGAAAACAAACCUCCGAAACCUAUUAUUAAAGAACAAAAACAAAUUAUUACUAAAGUAGAAGUCUUUGCGGGCCCAUCAAAAAUUGUUGAAAAUAAUUCAGCAAAGCCAUCGUCGUCAAAGUCAAAUAAACAAUCAUCACAAUCUAAUAAAAAACCAAAAAAUCCUUCUUCGAAAGCUACAAAUAUAGUGAGUAGUAAAGUGGAAGUUAAACAAAAUGCACCAGCAUCAAUCGUUAACUCCAAAGUUAACAAAGUUGUGGAAUUACAAUCUAGCCAAAGUGACGAGGAACCCGCAAUCUUAGUAAGAAAUAAUAACAUUGGAGAACCUGAGUAUGACUAUCUCUCUAGACAGCCAUCUGAAUUCGUAGAGGAGACUUAUAGAGUUAUUAAUCUACGCCCAUCCAAAGCCCAUGCUCAGAAACCGAAAAAUCACAAAAACCGUGUUCAUGCACCAACUCCACCUCCAGAGGAUGAAGAACACCCACUUGGACUUGUAACUACACUUGGAGGAACAAUUGUUAAGGAUGGUCUUACGACAGUGCACGAAACUAGUGUCAUAGGCACCUAUAUAUCUGGAAAAUAUGCUCAAGUAUUAAACAGUAAUUCCAAAGUUUUACCAUCAGGUCAUAAAGGAAAAAUUGCACCAAGUCCUACACAUAGAAUUUUAAAAACUGCUGCUCCUGCUAUUUCAAAAAAUCAUAGGCAUAACUUGGAACCUACACCCUCAAUCAGUGGAGAUGAAGAAAUAAACACUAAAACUACAAGAAGGCAAGCAAAUAGCGGUACCUCUUUUAAAAAUAGACAUAGAUCUCAAAAUAAUGACAAUGACAGCAUUGAACCAACUAACCAAUCUAAAAAGUUUAAAAAUAGAAAUUCGUCAAAUAGCCAGCGAACCUUAAGUACACGCUUUGGCCGUCCCACAAAUACUCCUCAACUGGCAACCGUCUCUGUUUUCAGUGAGUCGUCGGCUCCAUCAUUUUCGAACAGGAGAAAGAGCAAUCGAAAUUCUGGGCACAAAACGACUGUAACACCUCAAAGCAAUAAUGACAGUCAAUCACGACGUGGAUUUAAACCACGCAUACAGCCAACAGCAGUCGAACAAGUGACGCCUUCUGCGUCUACCAGCGUAUAUAAAUUUAAACUUAACCGCGCUCCUGGGUCAGGACGCUGGCAAUAUAAAACAAGCCCUAAACCCAAGGUAACAAUACGAAAAAUGAGUGGUGAUGACGAACCUCAAACCACUCCGAACACAAACCCUUUGUUUGACGACUUCCAGUCGAAUGAUGUUACGCCACAAGCUCGAUCCGACAACGACCUUGAGUUGUCAGGAUCACAGACUGGUCCUGGCACACUCUUGGAUAAUGACACAGAAGAUAACUCCAUUGAAAAGCCGCCGCCGGUAGAAACCUUAAAAGUUGAAAUUUCAACACCGGCCAAUUUCCAAGAUGUCUAUUAUGAAAUUGCAACACUGAAAUCUCCGUAUACAUUCCAGGUUGGACGGGUCAAGAAUACUCGAAUCAUUACAGUUACAACGACUAUAGAAAAGCGAAUAGAACCAACGUCAUCGUACAAUUUACAAAGUUCUCUCAACGAACCGUUGACAGAAAAUAUAUUAGCAACAGCUUCGCCCUACGGAAAAGAUCAUUAUCUCUUAGAUUCCAGCAUUGCUACAUUACCAGCUAUAACACUGUCCUCUGAUGUGGAGACGCCUCCUCUAGAAACUGUAACUGAAACGUUCAGUACUACUCAACACUUGCUAAAAACACAUAUACUCCCGAUAGUAAGAGAUGUCAACGUAACAAGUAGCCUCACUUUUAUUCAAACAUACGAAGUAACACGCUUUGUCACUGCAACAAAAACAUUACCACCCAUGGACUUCUUCCAGUUCAUCCCAAGUAAAACGCUCAAAGAAUUCAACAGCCGCCUUGAUGAAGCAGGAUCCGAAUUACAUUUAGAAUUAGACUUUGGUGAUAGCAACGAAGAUGAAGACGGGGUUCCAAGACGUGUAUUCCCUCCGGACUUAGAUCUUGCAAAUAUUGGAUCAGACUUUGAUCUAACAGAAAUUGAUAAAUACAGGGAUAAUCACUUGAGACUAAAGAAAGCUCACGGGCAAAAUAAGAACAAUCAUGUAACAGAAGCACCCAACCCACCUACACCAGCUUUGUCUCCCGAACAGGCUCAACAACUUGCUUUAUUGAGAUUAUUAAACCCAGCAGCUGCAGCACAAAUUCCUAACGUAGUAACUACAUCGAAACCCAUACUUAAAUAUGAGACUAUUUAUGAAUCGCACGUUAUCCCCGUAUUUGAUGGUAAGAGCACGGUGCACAGUACCAUUUCGCGGCCAGUUGCUACAGUAACUAAGACAGAGUUCGAAGUGGGUACUAGCAGUCUCCCAGCACUGCCUCUCAAUCCCUUAUUCCCUCAACAACAAUUCACGGUCACGUCAACACCCGUCGUAUUGAACACAGAAAUCACUGCUACGAAUAGUCAAGUUCUGAAACUCACUUUCGGUGCUAAAACAGUAUACACCACUUUGUUCUCUACGGCAGUCGUGCCAACUGUGUUGACAUCUUAUGUGACAUCAUCGGUACCAAUUCAAGCUAGCGCUGCUGGUUUUCCUGGGUACUUCCCACCUCCAUUUGCUCCUUUCCCAUACGUGGGAUAAAAAUAAUUAGUAAAUUAAUUAGGAAACAGUGCCUUAAAUUAGUUAUUGUGAUAAAUCAGUGUUUAAGUACAUGGACUCUUAAAACAAUUAUAAAGUGAAUCGAUGUGAGAAAAGUUAAAAGUUUACGUGCAUUUUAGGUAAAAAUCGAACAAUAAUUUAAAGUGUGCUACCACUUAUAAGAUUUAUAAAUGAAAUGUAAGUGCUUAAAAUUUAGACAUCGAGCUUUAUUUAGGUACAUGCUAUGUAUAUAUAAAAAUAUACUCGUUAAAAUAGUACCUUUGUAAUUUUUUGUAAAUAUUUUAUUUAUACUUUUAUAUGUUUUGUAUAUAGAAAAUGUUUAAUUAAGACUUAAUCAAUAUUGAAUAUUUACUUUGUAACUGUUUAUACAUGUUCUAAGCCAAUCGCAUUAAAUAAAUAUUUAAUUAAGAA